AUGUUUUCUGAAACCGGAAAAGGCGGCGCCGAUUGUUUCUCCGUUUAUCCUGACACUUGGCGCCAGCUGCCCCUGUACUUGCCAUUGUUGGCGGAUCCCACUAGACUCCCUCCAAGGUCGUCAUUUGUUCGCCGCACGGAUUCAUCUCUUAUGUCAGGUUGUUAUGAGUGAAGAAUGGUGAGAAGCCGCCACAAAAUGGUACCAAAUCGGAUCAUUUUGUGUUACUCCCUAGCAAAACAUAUGGAAAAAAUGGUGUUGUCUGUAGAAAAUAUCUCAAAACUUUGGAAAAUAUGAGUAACAUCGUUUUAUCUUUGGAUAAACUUCAGACUUCAAGCAGUUUUUUUGUUUAUUUUUUAACUCGCAGAGUGAAAGUCGAUUCACCUCGAGUUAAAAAAAUUUUUUGCACGGAGAAGGGCUCAACGCUCCAUUUCUGUGAAGGGGUUACUAUAAAGGUGCAAAAAAACGGCUUGCGCGAGAUUGUCAGAAAAUUCAGAACUGACAGUGCUGUAAAAUCAAAAUAGUGUAAUUCUAAAACAAACCGCUACGCGACCGCAACGCGUUGAGCCAUUCUGAAUGCUACCAGAAAAUUAAAACAACUUCGUCGCGAAUGGAGUAAAAAUUAAAGGUCUAUUUUUGAACAUUUUUUAAUUUUGUCAAACUUGAAACAGUCCGAAUUUAUUUUUACAUUUUAAUCCAAAAAAUUUCUCUUGUACAAAUUUACAAAAUCCACGUUUUUCCUUAUUACCAGCCCUCUAACUAGCUUGAGAUUGACCUCAUAAUCCGAUUCAAGGAAUUAAGCUGCUUAAAAUCCUAGAUUAUUCCAGCACUUGCAAAAUCAUUAGGCCGUGUACUAAUUACGGGGUCCUCGAAAAUCCACAAGCGCAUCGUAUUGCUCAAUUGUCGAGCACUCUCUCCUGUCUGCACGCUCUCUCACCGCAGGUGGCUCCGACCAGUCUAUUAUACGGACAUUGGGUAAUUGGCGUAUGUGUUGGAUAAUAUUUGUUCAGUUGAAUGCGCGAAAUUAGGUGUCCGGAGAGUUUCCGGAGGAGUCGAGGAACGGCCCCCGGCAGCUGUUUCCUGUCGAGAAGAAAUGGCUGUGGAGCAUCGUUUCCGGAUCGGAAAUGGAGCAGAAUGAGGCUAUUAGUGGGGUUGAAAUGGACCAGUUAGUCAUGGUACCUUUCGAAAAAGUUCAAGCUUUUUGUUUAAAAAAUGUCUUUUAUUGAAGUUUUCGAACUUUCAAUCUGCACUUCUUUUUUUGAGCUAGUCUGACUUCAUAGGUUUUUUUUAAUGUUAAAUUCGAAGACUUGAGCCUAUCUUCAGAGGCCAUGCUCGCAUGCAGAAUGGCUCGACGUGUUUUUUUGGGCAGAGUCCCUUUUGUUGGGAACAAGGGUCUAGACUCUGAGAUUGCUACGCUUCCAUGUAGAAGUAGUUUUGGUCGGAUGCACAUCAUGAGCUACCGUUUCGCAGACGCUACGGGUUCAAUCCCUCUCUGUGCAGACAACCAAUUUAGAGUCAGAAAAAAAAAAAUAUCUAAAACGGAGCAAAACUACAUUUAAAAUUACCAUUUGCUCCAAGUUUAAAAAACAGGUCUUCAGAUUAUUUUAACCACUAGAUUUACCUACUAUUCGGUAAACAAAUCUCACAAUUUUCAGAAAGAAAAAAAAAACGGGUUUUAUGAUGAACAGUAAUUCAAGUUCUCUCUAAAACUACAACUUAAAAAAUUUGAAAAACAAUUCAAAACAGCCUAAACAUGUUCACAGACUAUUUUAGAAAAAACCAACGACAGAAAAAAAACAUUUGACACAGGUCAAGGCUCAGAAUAAAAAAAUGUGUUGAUUUUUUUACAACUUUUUCAAUUUCUAUUACUAAGGCAAACCUUAAUCUCAGUCUCUCCAGAACCUUCAGAAUCCUCCGCCGUGUUCCAGAAGACCCCCAACGUAGCGUUGAGCGAUUGCACAUCGACAGGAGCCAUCCAACAUUGGGCCACAGAAGAAUGGAGCCGUAUUUCGCGCCUUGUCAUUCGUCGUCCGUCUUUGUCGCGCCUGAAUUCGCAUCGAAUCGUCGUUGACACGCCGGCUGAUCUAUGCGUGCCGAAGCUCCCUUUCAUGGCCGACUGUAGCCUUUCCCGUCGUGACAGUUGA